AUGCUGAAGAUGAAGCAGCAGCAAGGCCUGGUGGCCGACCUCAUGCCCAACAUAAGGAUCAUGAAGAUCUUCGGGCACUUCGUAUUCAAUUAUUACGACGAUAAUUCGUCCAAGUACUUGCAUAAGAUAUACUGCUGCGUGAAUUUGUUCCUGCUGCUACUGCAAUUCGCUCUGUGCGCGGUGAAUUUGAUAAUCGAGAGCGCCGACGUCGACGACCUCACGGCCAACACGAUCACCCUCCUCUUCUUCACGCACAGCAUCGUCAAAAUCGUCUACUUCGCCGUGAGGAGCAAGUAUUUCUACAGAACGUGGGCGAUAUGGAACAAUCCGAAUACCCAUCCGCUCUUCGCCGAGAGCAACGCCCGAUAUCACGCGAUCGCCUUGAAGAAGAUGCGAUUGUUGCUCUUCUUAGUCGGCGCUACCACCGUGCUCAGCGCGGUAGCUUGGACCGUGCUCACUUUCUUCGAGCACCCUAUCAGGAAAAUUGUAGAUCCGGUCACGAACGAGACGACGGUCAUCGAGUUGCCGCAACUCUUGCUCCGUUCAUUCUAUCCGUUCGACGCCAGCAAGGGGAUAGCGCACGUGCUGAUCCUCGCAUACCAAUUCUAUUGGGUACUAUUCAUGCUUGUCGACGCGAACUCCAUGGACGUACUCUUCUGCUCUUGGCUACUGUUCGCUUGCGAACAGCUGCAGCACCUGAAGCAGAUAAUGAAGCCCCUCAUGGAGUUAAGCGCGACUCUGGACACCGUGGUCCCGAAUAGUAGUGAACUUUUCAAGGUAUGUCCCGCUGGCAGCGCGGAUCAUCUCCGCGAGUCGGAGAAUCAGCCUCCGCCACCGGUGCCGCCUCAAGGCGACAGCAUGCUGGAUCUCGAUCUUCGCAACAUAUACAGUAAUCGGCAAGAUUUCACCGCGACCUUCCGGCCGACAGCCGGUAUGACCUUCAACGGCGGUGUAGGGCCGAACGGGUUAACGAAGAAGCAGGAAGCGCUCGUGAGGAGCGCCAUCAAGUAUUGGGUGGAGAGACACAAGCACAUCGUCAGAUUGGUCACCGCGGUUGGAGACGCGUACGGUUUCGCUCUUUUGCUCCAUAUGCUGACAACGACCAUCACAUUGACGCUGCUCGCCUACCAAGCAACAAAAGUGAACGGUGUAAACGUCUACGCGGCCUCCACUAUCAGCUACAUAUUGUACACCUUCGGCCAAGUCUUUCUGUUCUGCAUAUUUGGGAACCGUCUGAUAGAAGAGAGUACAUCGGUGAUGGAAGCAGCUUAUUCUUGCCAUUGGUACGAUGGAUCGGAGGAAGCCAAGACGUUCGUGCAAAUUGUGUGUCAGCAGUGUCAGAAAGCGAUGUCUAUAUCGGGGGCGAAAUUCUUCACAGUAUCCUUGGAUCUCUUCGCUUCGGUACUGGGAGCCGUGGUGACCUACUUCAUGGUGCUGGUACAACUGAAGUGA